UGGUCCUUGGCUCCUGAAGUGUCUUGGACCCUCAGCUCAGGACUGCUGUCAGGGGGAAGCAUGUUGCUGCAGAAACUGUGUGUGUGGAUGCUGUCGGUGCUGUGCAGCUCGGACCUGUGUUGGGGCUUUGUCUCCGGCCGGCCCAAGCGCUCAGGAGAGGACGGGACCGCAGCCAGAAUGGAGACUCGCUCCUUGCCGGUCUACGUGCCGACCUCCGGCUCCUGCAGGAACAGAUGCUAUGAGCUUGUGGAGGCCGAGCCCCCAAAUUGUCGCUGUGACAACCUGUGUAAGACCUACAACAGCUGCUGCUCUGACUUCAACCAGCUCUGCCUCCGGACAGAGGGAGGUUAUGAAUGCAGCAAGGAUCGAUGCGGCGAGACCCGGAGUGAACAGCACGCCUGCCACUGCUCUGAUGACUGCCUCGCCAGGGGAGACUGCUGCACCAACUACAGGAAGCUGUGCAGAGGAGACACUUCCUGGGUGCAGGAUGAAUGUGAGGAAAUCAGGAGCCCAGAGUGUCCUGCUGGGUUUGCUCGUCCACCUCUCAUCGUACUGUCUCUCGAUGGGUUCAGAGCGUCUUACGUGAAGAGGGGGAACUCCAUCAUAUCCAACAUCGAAAAACUCCGAACAUGUGGAACCCACGCUCCUUACAUGAGGCCAGUUUAUCCUUCCAAAACCUUCCCUAACCUCUAUUCAAUAGCAACAGGUCUCUAUCCAGAGUCUCAUGGCAUCGUUGGAAACUCCAUGUAUGACCCAACAUUUAAUGCAACAUUCAACCUGAGGAGCAGAGAAAAGCUGAACCACCGCUGGUGGGGAGGACAACCAAUCUGGAUCACUGCCCUCAAACAGGGACUGAAAGCUGCCAACUUCUUCUGGCCUGUGGCCAUUCCUUUGGAGAGGAGGAUCCUGACUUUGCUGCAGUGGCUCCAUCUUCCUGAAGGAGAGAGGCCCUAUGUUUAUGCCAUGCACUCUGAGCAACCAGACGCUUAUGGACACAAAAUGGGCCCAAUGAGUGCAGACGUGAGUACGUUUGUUCCAGGAGAUUCUGAUCCUGAGUGGGUUUGGUCACUCACGGCUUCCUUUAUCCUCUUCCAGCUUAACAAUCCUCUGAGGGUGGUUGAUCGGAUUGUGGGCCAGCUGAUGGACGGACUCAAGCAGAUGAAACUGCACCGAUGUGUCAACAUCAUCCUGGUGGGAGACCACGGUAUGGAAGAAGCUCACUGUGAUCACACAGAGUUCCUCAGCAACUACUUGACCACUGUUGAUGACAUCAUCCUCGUCCCUGGGUCUCUUGGCAGAAUACGCUCCAGAUAUCCCAGCAACCUCAAAUAUGACCCCAAGGCUGUUGUUGCAAAUCUAACAUGUAAGAAAGCAGAGCAGCACUUUAAGCCGUACCUGAAGCAGCACCUGCCUAAGAGACUGCACUAUGCCAACAAUCGGCGUAUUGAAGACAUCCACCUGCUGGUGGAGAGGAAGUGGCAUGUGGCCAGGAAAGUCCCAGUGGGGAGGAAACACUGUGGAUUCUUAGGCGACCAUGGAUAUGACAAUAAGAUCAACAGCAUGCAGACUAUUUUCUUGGGCUAUGGACCUUCAUUUAAAUUCAAGACCAAAGUUCCAGCCUUUGAAAACAUUGAGCUGUAUAACGUCAUGUGUGAUCUCCUGGGUCUAAAACCGGCUCCAAACAAUGGAACUCAUGGCAGUCUGAACCACCUGCUGAGAAGUCCAACUUUUAGACCCACCAUGCCAGAGGAGGUGUCCAGGCCGACGGCCUCCAACCUCGUUCCUAUGGCAACAGAUGACUUGGGCUGCAACUGCGAUGAAAAGUUGCGUGUAAAAAGUAGGGGCCAGAGAGGUUUGAAAGUGACCCUUGUACGAGGCUAUAACCUGGAGUCACUCUGGCUCUGUCUCUUACAGAACAAAGUGGAGGAGCUAAACCGGCGAUUGAGGCAAGCUAUUGAUGACAGCAGGAACCUGCCGUACGGCCGACCUGCUGUCCUCUUCCGUGCCAAAUACACCAUCCUACAUCACAGCGACUACAUCAGCAGCUACAGUGAAACCCUGUUCAUGCCCCUCUGGACAUCCUACAGCGUCAGCAGACAGGUAGAGCUGUCUCCUCUGCCUGAGUCUCUGUCCAACUGUGUGAGACCGGACGCCAGAGUCCCACCGCCCUUCAGCCAGUCGUGUUCCAACUACAGAGCAGAGAAACAUGUCACAUAUGCCUUCUUGUACCCGCCGCAGCUUUCCUCAAACCUGGAGAAAAAAUACGAUGCUGUCCUCAUCACCAACACCGUGCCCAUGUAUCCUGCAUUUAAGAGAAUCUGGACUUACUUUCAGAAAGCUCUGGUGAAGAAAUACGCCACUCAGAGGAACGGAGUGAACAUUCUUGUUGGACCCAUUUUUGACUACAAUUAUGAUGGAGUCAGAGACUCGGCCGAGACAAUCAGAGACCAUGUGAGUGGAGUCGUCCCCAUCCCGACUCAUUACUUCGUGGUCCUGACCAGCUGCCUGGACUUCACACAGCCUGCAGACUCGUGCAACGGUCCACUGAGCAGCGUCGCUUUCAUCCUCCCACACCAACCCAACAACGACGAGACCUGCAACAGCUCUGAGGAUGAGUCCCGCUGGGUGGAGGACCUGAUGAAGAUGCACACGGCCCGGAUCAGAGAUGUGGAGCUGCUCACAGGCCUAGACCUGUUCCGGAGAACCAGCCGGAGCUACGCCGAGAUCCUUUCCUUUAAAACAUACAUGCACACGUAUGAGAGCGAGAUCUGACCUCUGCUGACCUUUUCUGCAGAUGUGGUGGAGGAAUGUGGCACACGCUUCCAUCUCUGUCUGUCUAUGUACGGCUAGAACACCACUGAACUGUUCCAAAACUGUACAAAAGUCUUCAAUCAUCCCUCAUCUCACCUUCCUUUUGAGGACCCAGAAGAUCAUGUAGCCUUUCGGUUCCCUGAAGGACUUUCUAGAGUUGCAGAGAUACAAUUUUACAUCCUCUUGGCACCUUAGUAUAAACACCCUGCACUAAAAAUCAGUUUGUUUGCAUUUUUUCUUUUAAGCUACAAAUUACACUCAAAACAUCCCAGAUUGAAAGGUAUAAUAAUCAUAUUUUUGCACUUAUGUGAUUCCUUAGCAGGCGUUAUGUUACACGUCAACCAUCCAAAGAUGGUUUAAAGGCUGCUGCCUCUGCACUUUGUUGCCCCUGUAUCCCAUCAGCUAAAGCUGGAGUCCAAAGAAUCUUCUCUGCAGCAGCUCCAGGUUACUAUACAGUCACACAUAUUUUGGUUUCUUUCAGAAAUGUUGUUGCACAGUACAUGAAUAUUCUAAUUAGCUUAAUGAAAAUCAUGUGGAAUUUGUGUUAAUAAUCCAUUCUCAAUACCUGCUUAGUUCCUGCAGGGGUCUGUGUACUCCCCCUGCAGGUCACCAAGUAGACACACACACUCAAACCUUAGCACAAUGAAGUCCCCUUAGAAGCUGUGAGAUGAGUUGCAGUUCUACCACUUCAUCAGGCUUAGAAAAUAAUCAACAGGCCAAUAUGGAAUCACUCUGGCUGGAGAUUAUUGAAUAAACCUGAUCUGUAUGCCACCCUUCAUAAAAGCCAUUGCUUUUAAAUGCAAUAUAAUGGUAAUGAUGUAUCUGUGUUUGUGAGGUUGCGUGUGUGUGUGUGAGACAAAUAUAACAUAUCAGUCUGCAAAUGUGGCUUGAAUGUGUGUGUGGGUGUGUGUUGUGACUUUGAUUUGUGCACAAUUAAAUUUGUUGAUUAUAAUAAAAGUUUGAUCAAAAUCA